UUAUCUGUUUUAAUUCAUUUAUUUAAUUUUUCCAAUUCUAGUGUAGGCGACACUAAAUAUGACUAUGUCGAGAGAAAUAUUCAAACAGCCUUGGUCUUUUCCGUCAAAGUAUGAAAUGAACCAUACAGUUUAUUGUUUACUUUAAAAAAUAAAAGUUCCGUUUAUGAAGUCACCAACUAGGAGUUCUUGUAGCUGCCAAGGUUAUCAGAACGGUUUUUAAGAGCACUUACACCUGACCGGAGACAUUUAUUACAGGAGCCCAGAGCACUGAGGACAAGUGCGCCAGCGGGAUGGAUGUCACAGGAGAAAUAUCUCAAAACGAGAUGCUGGAGAAAAUUGCUGAAUUGGAUCACAGUCAAUCUCAGCUGAGGGACAGCAAUGUUAGGAUGAUGCACUUGCUGGACGCCGCAGACGAUGAGAUAGUACUGCUGCGCUCGGACAACGCCACGCUCAGAAAACAGCUUGAAGCCAGCUUGAAGAAUGUCAUCAGUGAAGUGCCGCAGGUUGAAGUGGAGCCCUGCAUGUUCUCCACGGCUGAUGUCAACAGCUGCAGUGAAAAAAAGGUCCAUGAUCUGGAGAAGGAAGCCAGCGAUUUAAAGCAACAAAAUAAGGAACUAACUGAACAGCUUAAAGACAUCACAGAGGAAAGAGACCAAAACAAGACGUCUUUGGGCAGAAUGGGAGCAGCCUUCGAGCGUGGAAUGGAGGAGGCUCAGUUAGAGCUCCAGCAAAAGGACGAGCUCAUUCACCAGAAAGAGCUGCAGUUAAAGCAUCUGAGUGAAACUAUGGAGGAGUAUUGUGACAUCAUAAAGGAUCUCAGGCUGACGAAGCAACAACUCACGGAGCAGCUGGAGGAGAGACGGGAGGAGGCUUCGCUUGUGAUGGAGUGCAUGAGAGCAGAGGAAGGAUCCCCCUCUCCUCAACUCUCCAUUGCAGAGGAGAUUCUGCUAGCUUCACCAUGUGAAGUAACUCCUCAGGAGCCUGAAUUUGAGAAGAAUCAGGAAGAAGAAGCGCCAGCAACCAAGACAAGUACUGUAAAAUUUGUUAUUUUCUGGACGACCGCACAGAAAACAAGGAGCGUUCUGAUCAACAUCUGCUGUCUUUUUGUUUUUGCCGUCAUCCUUAUAGUCUGCUGUUUGCUCUUCACCUGCGUUCGGCCGCUGAUGCCCUUCAUUGCUUUGAGCUACACAGCUCCGCCUCCUGUUUGAGCUUUGACCAACAUCUGCUGCAAAAAAAAACUACAAGUAAAAAUGUCAAGUUGGA